GAGUGACUAGAUUAGAUCGCUGUUCGUCAUUUCUCACUACCAAAGGCAAAAAAAAAAGUAUCUCUCUCCUUCAUCACCUUUCUCGUCCACUUGCCUCAGAUCUGGCAGCGAUUUCAAAUCCUCUCUCGCAUCGCUCCUCUCUCUCUCCUGACCGUUAACGGUCUCUUCCCGGCCUUGGAUCUGAUUCUGCCACCGGCGCGAUCUGAGGUCAAAUCAUGGCGGCAGCAAACGCCCCAAUCACGAUGAAGGAGGUCCUAACGCUUCCGAGCAUUGGGAUCAACCAGCAAUUCAUCACGUUUACGAAUGUCACUAUGGAGUCUGACAAGUACAUAUGUGUACGAGAGACGGCGCCGCAGAACAGCGUCGUGAUUAUUGAUAUGAACAUGCCGAUGCAGCCUCUAAGGAGACCCAUUACUGCUGAUUCUGCUCUUAUGAACCCAAACUCCAGGAUCCUUGCCUUGAAAGCUCAAGUUCCAGGAACCACUCAGGAUCAUCUUCAGAUAUUUAACAUCGAAGCAAAAGCAAAGUUGAAAUCACAUCAGAUGCCUGAGCAGGUUGUUUUUUGGAAAUGGAUUACACCAAAGAUGUUGGGGCUGGUCACACAAACUUCCUUGUAUCAUUGGUCGAUUGAAGGUGAUUCUGAGCCAGUUAAGAUGUUUGAUAGAACGGCCAAUUUGGCAAACAAUCAAAUUAUUAACUAUAAGUGCUCUCCUGAUGAGAAGUGGUUGGUGUUGAUUGGAAUUUCUCCUGGCUCUCCUGAGAGACCACAAUUGGUAAAAGGGAAUAUGCAGCUAUUCUCUGUAAAUCAACAGCGGAGCCAGGCCCUUGAAGCGCAUGCUGCUUCAUUUGCUCAGUUUAAGGUCCCUGGGAAUGAGAAUCCUUCUAUUCUUAUAUCCUUUGCAAGCAAGAGCUUUAAUGCUGGGCAGAUAACAUCAAAGUUGCAUGUCAUUGAGCUUGGUGCACAACCAGGAAAACCAUCAUUCUCAAAGAAGCAGGCAGAUCUCUUUUUCCCCCCGGAUUUUGCGGAUGAUUUUCCAGUAGCCAUGCAGGUCUCACACAAAUUUAACUUGAUAUAUGUCAUAACCAAGCUUGGCCUGUUGUUUGUAUACGAUCUAGAGACGGCUUCUGCUAUCUACAGAAAUCGGAUUAGUCCAGACCCAAUUUUCUUGACUUCUGAAGCUUCUUCGGUCGGGGGUUUCUAUGCCAUUAAUAGGCGAGGACAAGUUCUUUUGGCUACAGUAAACGAGGCUACGAUAAUACCAUUUAUUAGCGGUCAAUUGAACAAUUUGGAACUUGCUGUCAAUCUGGCUAAAAGAGGAAACCUCCCUGGUGCGGAAAAUCUGGUUGUCCAGAGGUUCCAAGAGUUAUUUGCUCAAACAAAGUACAAGGAGGCUGCUGAACUUGCUGCUGAAUCUCCUCAGGGGAUUCUACGAACACCUGAUACGGUGGCUAAGUUCCAGAGUGUUCCUGUACAAGCAGGGCAAACUCCUCCCCUGUUACAGUAUUUUGGGACCCUUUUGACUAGAGGGAAACUCAAUUCAUACGAGUCUUUGGAACUAUCCCGGCUUGUUGUGAAUCAAAACAAGAAGAAUCUUUUGGAAAACUGGUUGGCAGAGGAUAAGUUAGAAUGCAGUGAAGAACUUGGAGACCUUGUCAAGACUGUGGAUAAUGACCUGGCUCUGAAAAUAUACAUCAAAGCUCGAGCUACUCCAAAAGUCGUAGCAGCUUUUGCAGAGCGAAGGGAGUUUGACAAAAUACUGAUUUACUCAAAGCAGGUUGGCUACACACCUGAUUACAUGUUUCUUCUGCAAACAAUACUCCGUACGGAUCCUCAGGGAGCAGUAAAUUUCGCUUUAAUGAUGUCCCAAAUGGAAGGAGGUUGUCCAGUUGACUACAACACCAUUACUGAUCUUUUCCUUCAGAGGAAUCUGAUCCGUGAAGCGACUGCUUUCCUUCUGGAUGUUCUGAAACCAAAUUUACCUGAGCAUGCUUUUCUGCAAACUAAGGUUCUGGAGAUCAAUUUGGUAACCUUUCCCAAUGUGGCUGAUGCAAUUUUAGCAAAUGGGAUGUUCAGCCACUAUGACCGCCCUCGUGUUGCUCAGCUUUGUGAAAAGGCUGGACUUUAUAUCCAAUCUUUAAAGCAUUACUCAGAGUUGCCUGAUAUUAAACGUGUAAUUGUGAACACACAUGCUAUUGAGCCGCAGGCUCUUGUCGAGUUUUUCGGUACUCUUUCUAGCGAGUGGGCUAUGGAGUGCAUGAAGGAUCUUCUGCUGGUCAACUUGAGAGGCAACCUUCAGAUAAUCGUUCAGGCUUGCAAGGAGUACUGUGAGCAACUUGGCGUUGAUGCAUGCAUUAAACUCUUUGAACAGUUUAAAUCGUAUGAAGGGCUAUACUUUUUCCUAGGUUCAUAUUUGAGUAUGAGUGAGGAUCCUGAGAUUCACUUCAAGUACAUUGAAGCAGCUGCCAAGACUGGUCAAAUAAAGGAGGCCGAGCGGGUCACUAGAGAGUCUAAUUUUUAUGAUGCUGAAAAGACGAAGAACUUUUUGAUGGAAGCUAAGCUUCCUGAUGCCCGACCUUUGAUAAAUGUCUGCGACCGUUUUGGCUUUGUACCUGAUCUUACUCAUUACCUGUACACAAACAACAUGCUUCGUUACAUUGAAGGUUACGUUCAAAAGGUCAACCCUGGGAAUGCUCCCUUAGUUGUGGGGCAGUUGCUUGAUGACGAAUGCCCUGAAGAUUUUAUAAAAGGCCUCAUUCUCUCUGUUCGUUCGUUGCUUCCAGUUGAACCCCUUGUUGAGGAAUGUGAGAAGAGAAAUCGACUCCGUCUCCUUACUCAGUUCUUGGAGCAUCUAGUUAGUGAGGGAAGCCAAGAUACGCAUGUCCACAAUGCCUUGGGUAAAAUUAUCAUAGACAGCAACAACAAUCCUGAGCAUUUCCUGACCACCAACCCGUACUAUGACUCCAAGGUUGUGGGUAAGUACUGCGAGAAACGUGAUCCCACCUUGGCUGUUGUGGCAUACAGAAGAGGACAAUGUGAUGAAGAACUCAUCAAUGUCACCAACAAAAACUCUUUGUUCAAGUUACAAGCCAGGUACGUAGUGGAGAGGAUGGAUGGUGACCUCUGGGACAAGGUUCUUAUGGAAGAAAAUGAGUAUAGAAGACAACUUAUUGACCAAGUUGUGUCUACUGCUUUACCCGAAAGCAAGAGCCCAGAGCAAGUCUCUGCAGCUGUUAAAGCAUUCAUGACUGCUGAUCUGCCGCAUGAACUUAUUGAACUUCUGGAAAAGAUUGUGCUUCAGAACUCGGCCUUCAGUGGAAACUUCAAUCUGCAAAAUCUGCUUAUACUGACAGCAAUCAAGGCAGAUCCGUCUAGAGUUAUGGAUUACAUUAACAGGCUGGAUAAUUUUGAUGGUCCGGCUGUUGGAGAAGUGGCGGUUGAUGCCCAAUUAUAUGAGGAAGCAUUUGCGAUUUUUAAGAAAUUUAACUUAAAUGUUCAAGCUGUCAACGUACUGUUGGAUAACGUCAGAAGCAUUGAGCGUGCUGUUGAAUUUGCUUUCCGGGUCGAAGAGGAUUCCGUUUGGAGCCAAGUGGCUAAGGCUCAGCUCAGAGAUGGACUAGUCAGUGAUGCAAUUGAGUCUUUCAUCCGUGCUGAGGAUGCCACUCAUUUCUUGGAGGUCAUACGUGCUACUGAAGAUGCUAAUGUCUAUGAUGACUUGGUCAGAUACCUUCUUAUGGUUAGACAGAAGGUGAAAGAACCCAAGGUUGAUAGUGAGCUCAUCUAUGCUUAUGCAAAGAUUGAAAGGUUGGGUGAGAUCGAAGAAUUUAUUCUGAUGCCAAACGUUGCGAACCUACAAACUGUCGGUGAUCGCCUGUAUGACGAAGCUCUGUAUGAGGCUGCAAAAAUAAUAUAUGCGUUCAUUUCAAACUGGGCCAAGUUAGCCGUUACACUUGUGAAGUUGCAGCAGUUCCAAGGUGCUGUUGAUGCUGCAAGGAAAGCAAACAGUGCAAAGACAUGGAAGGAAGUCUGCUUUGCUUGUGUUGAUGCAGAGGAAUUCCGGUUGGCUCAAAUAUGUGGACUUAACGUUAUUAUACAGGUGGAUGACCUGGAAGAAGUUAGCGAGUUCUACCAGAACAGAGGAUGCUUCAGCGAAUUAAUCUCACUUAUGGAGAGUGGACUUGGUCUGGAACGGGCUCACAUGGGGAUCUUCACCGAGUUGGGUGUACUGUAUGCCAGAUAUCGUUAUGAGAAGCUUAUGGAGCACAUCAAGUUGUUCUCGACUCGCCUCAAUAUUCCCAAGCUUAUACGGGCCUGUGAUGAACAACAGCAUUGGCAGGAGCUUACCUAUCUUUACAUUCAAUAUGAUGAGUUUGAUAAUGCUGCUACCACUGUCAUGAACCACUCUCCUGAAGCAUGGGAGCACAUGCAAUUCAAAGACAUUGUUGCCAAGGUUGCGAAUGUCGAGCUUUACUACAAGGCUGUUCACUUCUACUUGCAAGAGCACCCUGAUAUAAUCAACGAUCUUCUCAAUGUGCUUGCUCUGCGGUUAGAUCACACACGUGUCGUGGAUAUUAUGCGCAAGGCUGGUCAGUUACGCCUUAUCAAGCCCUACAUGGUUGCAGUUCAGAGCAACAAUGUUUCUGCUGUAAAUGAAGCUCUGAAUGAGAUAUACGUAGAAGAAGAAGACUAUGACAGGUUGCGCGAGUCUAUCGAUUUGCAUGACAGCUUUGACCAGAUAGGCCUCGCUCAGAAGAUUGAGAAACACGAGCUUGUGGAAAUGAGACGUGUGGCUGCGUAUAUCUACAAGAAAGCCGGUAGAUGGAAGCAAUCAAUUGCUUUGUCGAAGAAAGAUAACAUGUACAAGGACUGUAUGGAAACUGCUUCACAAUCCGGCGACCAUGACCUUGCAGAACAACUUCUCGUUUACUUCAUUGAACAGGGGAAGAAGGAAUGCUUUGCCACAUGUCUCUUUGUGUGUUAUGACUUAAUCAGACCAGAUGUUGCUCUAGAACUUGCUUGGAUCAACAACAUGAUUGACUUUGCGUUCCCGUAUCUCCUCCAGUUUAUCCGAGAAUACUCUGGCAAAGUGGACGAACUAAUCAAGGACAAGCUAGAGGCACAGAAAGAAGUGAAGGCCAAAGAGCAGGAAGAGAAGGAUGUUAUGUCCCAACAGAACAUGUACGCGCAACUAUUGCCAUUGGCUCUACCUGCGCCACCGAUGCCAGGAAUGGGAGGAGGUCCAGGGAUGGGAGGCGGUUAUGGUCCGCCACCACCGAUGGGUGGAAUGCCAGGAAUGCCUCCAAUGCCACCAUAUGGAAUGCCUCCGAUGGGCGGGUACUAAGCCUGUCGAAAACAAAAGCCAUCCAUUCAAGUAAUCGAGAACUCAUAGUCGCGCGCGCAAUCUCUACCGUUGUGGUAUUUGUCGGAAUGUUUCCUUGUUUGAUUUUAUAGGUGUAUGUGUGGAUAAUAAACUCGUAUUUUCGUUUGUAAUAUUCUUUGAGGGGUUUUUAGGUGAGUCAUUUUUGGUUGAAGGCCAUGUUACUAUUUUUCUUUUGAGGGGGAGAGAUGUAACUCCUAACUAGUCUACUUGUCUUUUUUACUUUGAUCUUUCUCUCAUGAGUUGUUCUUUCUUUCCAGCUU